UAGAAGAUAUAAUGCGUUGAUAAAAAACCAUAACGUUGACAUGAUAUUAUCCACUAGUUGAGUUACAUAAGACUUUUCGUGACGAAUGAAAACACUAGUCAAUAGAUGAAAACCGCCGGAGCGCCGCCGCAUAGAGGUGGUUCCUCCUCCUCCUCCGCCGCUUACUUUUCUCGGUCUUCAUCUUCUUGCUCCUCCGAUAGCUGUAGAGUUUUGGUGGUGAAGAUGGGAGGAGGAAAAAGCAAGAAGCCUCAAUCUUCUUCUUUUAAGGAUUCAGAGCCAGAACCACCUAGAAUCAAAUCCAACGUUAAGCAUAACUUGCAGCUUCUGAAGUUAUGGAAGGAGUUUCAGAGCAGAGGAUCUGGCAUGGCUAAGCCAGCGACUAGUUACAGGAAGAAGAAAGCAGAGAAAGAUGAGUUACCGGAUGAUAGCGAGCUCUACCGGGAUCCUACAAAUACGCUUUACUACACGAAUCAGGGUCUAUUGGACGAUGCAGUUCCUGUUUUGCUUGUUGAUGGUUAUAAUGUGUGUGGAUAUUGGAUGAAGCUGAAGAAACAUUUCAUGAAAGGAAGGCUUGACGUUGCUCGGCAGAAGUUAGUUGAUGAACUUGUGUCCUUCAGUAUGGUUAAAGAGGUUAAGGUAGUGGUUGUGUUUGAUGCUCUCAUGUCUGGUCUCCCUACUCACAAGGAAGACUUUGCAGGUGUUGAUGUGAUUUUCUCAGGAGAAACUUGCGCUGACGCUUGGAUUGAAAAGGAGGUGGUUGCUUUGAGAGAAGAUGGAUGCCCCAAGGUUUGGGUUGUAACAUCUGAUGUUUGUCAACAACAAGCAGCUCAUGGAGCGGGAGCUUAUAUUUGGAGUAGCAAGGCACUGGUUUCUGAGAUCAAAUCAAUGCAUAAAGAGGUUGAGAGAAUGAUGCAAGAAACAAGGUCAACAUCUUUCCAAGGGAGAUUGCUGAAACACAAUCUUGAUUCUGAAGUCGUUGAUGCUCUUAAAGAUCUAAGAGACAAAUUAUCAGAAAACGAAACAAAGAGAUGACAAAGAUCAAUCCAGAUUAUAAUUAGGCUCAGAGAGAGAGAGAGAGAGAGCUCAAAGUGUAUGUUGUUGUAUCUUCUAGAUUUGUCUUCUUUGGUCCAAAUGUUUUACUUAUGUACAGAUCAUUUUUAACACUAAAAUUUAUUAGUGAUUUUACUUGCGACUUGUGAUC